CAACAACAUCUAGGUAAACAGGACAAAUCACGUACUUCGCAUCCUUGAACAAAAGGCACCAUGAUGAGAGUUGCUCUAUUUCUACUAUUGACUGGGCUGUUCUCCAGUGGACAAGGCUAACAUUGGUUUGGUAUCUACCUCCACACAGGCUGGCAAAACAACUAUGAUGAACCUUUAAAUUUCAAAUUCCCUCCAGGUCAGUCUAUAUCUUACAUAAUGAGCAAACAUCACGAUUUUUAUGAGGACCGGCUAUGGGCAUUUAGCUGUAAACCCACCAUAAACCCCAGUGGAGACUGUUUCUUUUCAUCUUACAUCAAUAACUUUGACCAAGCGUUCAGCUUUGCGUGUCCACCCCACUAUGCGAUUGCAGGAAUGAACAGCUACCACAGUAUCUUUUAUGAGGACAGACGAUGGCAGUUUUACUGCUGUAGAAGUUCAUGCAUAUCUAACAACUGUCAGUGGACGUCACAUGUGAACUGGUUUGAUGAGACCUUCUUCUGGAAUGUGCCUCACCACAAUGUUCUGGUGGGUGCUGGAAGCUACCACCAAGAUUUUUAUGACAAUCGACGAUGGAGAUAAAAGUACUGUGCCAAAAACUGUUGAUACCAAGACUCAGUAUUCUCUCACAGUUCAGUGAACCUUACAAUUAAAGGGAAUGGAAACAUAAGAUUGUGUUUGUGUGUUUGCAUGCUUAAUUGGUUUUCAACUUUU